UACAUUACUAUAAUAAAGCGACUUCAAAAUGCUGUUUUACAAUGCAAAAGUUAUCCUGGAGCUAACUAUGGCAGUGAUCAUAACCCAGUUGUUUGUAAAAUCAGGAUAAAAUUUAAAAAAUCAAAUGUGAGUUGGCCUCAAAACGUUUGA